AUGUUUCAAAAAUGGCUGUUGAACAAUGUGUUGCCUACAACAGUUUUGAGCUUUAUUUUUCUUCGUGAACUUUGUUUAACCGAAAAAAUAAAUUUCAAGGAUGCAAAUUUUAAAGAAUGGGUCAUCAGCGAAAAUUGCAACGGCGCUUGGUAUUUUGACGGCCAAAAAUUAAUUGCAACAAAACUAACUACUAAUGAAAGUUGUGUAUUAGAAAGCCCUUAUUGGACGAACAAUGAAAAUGUUAGUAGACUCAUAAUUGAAAUAACUUUAUUAACUCGUAAACGUAAUUUUGUUAAUCAGACAUACAAUGAUUAUUUAUCAUUACAGUUGUAUAAAGGAGACAAAGAAAAUACAAAUAAGCUUUAUAAAAACAUCUCUUUUUUGCCUGGAAAUAUAAGUAACGAAGAUAUAUUCACUACCACCGACGUAAUAACAGUAAAUAGUAUAGGAAGUCAUAAUGGCUUUCAAUUUCGAUUUCUUAGAGAAAAUUAUGAAGGACAAAUCGAGUCAUUUUUAGUUCAAUAUGAAAGAUGUCCAACGGUCAGUGAAGAACUCGUUAACUUUAAAUCUCAACCUGCUCCUGAUAUUGACGAGCAUGAGCGUAAAAUCAUAGGCAUAUGUGAAGAAAAAGCUGAAAAUUUUUUGAAUAAUACAAUUCCCUACAUGACUUGCAAAUACGAUGGAAGUUAUACUAUUCAAGGAAAAUGUGUAUGUACAAAAGGCUACACUAAAGAAAACAUAGGAUGCAAAGAGUGUCUAGAAGGUUAUUACAAAACUGAUAGUGGCAACCAUCCAUGUUCAAAAUGUGGAGCCAAUGUGAAGCCUGGAGCAGCUCCACGAAUAUUAUGUGAAUGCCUUCCAAAUUACCACAGACAAAUUGGCAGAGAUUCUAAUGAGGCUGACUGCUUUGAGUCACCAGCACAAGUUGAAAAUAUAAAGGUACUAAAUAUAACAUCUGAUCAAGCAACAAUAACUUGGGAUGAGCCACGUAAAGGAUCAUUUGAGCUUGGUUUUUAUGUAAUUCAAUGCAAUAACUGUCCUUCAUAUAGAAAUGAAUUUCCAAAAAAGACUACUGAUUUGAGUAUUACAGUUACAAAUCUUGCAGCUUAUGCAACAUAUAAACUUUGUAUUUAUAAUGAGAACAAUGCUACUAAUUUAACUGGAAUAAGAUAUUAUGCAUUAUUUAGUUUUCUUACUGAGAAAGGAGUUCCUGGAAAAAUUACUGAUGUCACAAACACUUCAGAUUCAGAUGGAAAUGUUAUCUUAAAAUGGAACCCUCCUUUUGCUCUUGGUUCAGAUCAACUUACAUAUGUGAUUGAAUAUGGUGACAAAACAGAAAGAACUAAAAAUGAGUUUAUUUUUAUUAAGCAAAAUCUGUUCGAUAAAACUUACAGAGUCAGGAUUGGGACUGAAGUUAUUAUUGCUGGAAAAGUUUUAUCAGGACCUGACUAUACUUUUGAAAUAAAGGUUCCUGGAGGUGUGUCUCCUGUAACGACACUAGGGAUUGCAGCAGGCAUUAUUGUUUUUGUGGUAGUUGUUUUAGUAGCAUCAUUCUGCAUUUGGAAAAAAAGAAAUCCAGCGUAUCUCCAAGUUGUUAGAAUGGAAGAUGGCACAGUGAAGUUACCUGCUCGAUUUUAUUCAGGAGGAAAACUGUAUGUUGAUCCUAAAACUUUUUUGCUUGUUUCUGAUGCAGUUUCACAGUUUGCGUAUGAAAUUGAAAGAUCAGAGAUAGUUUUUGGUGAACUAAUUGGAAGCGGAGAGUUUGCAGAUGUUCAUAAAGGAGUUUUGAUGAAGGAGGGAAAAAAAGAACCAGUUGCAAUUAAAGUGUUAAAGAAUGGUGCUUCUGAAUCAGAUCGUGAAGAUUUUUUGAGUGAAGCUGCUAUUUUAGGACAGUUCUCAAACCCAAAUGUCAUAUUUUUGGAAGGAGUAGUGUUAAAAGAUGAACCAAAUUUAAUUGUGUUAGAAUAUAUGGAAUAUGGAGCUCUUGACUCUUAUUUAAAAGAACAUGACAUGCAAUUUACCAUAGAACAGUUACUUGAAAUGGCUCGUGGUGUAGCUUCAGGGAUGAAAUAUCUCUCAGAAAUGGGAUUUGUUCAUAGAGAUUUGGCAGCACGAAAUAUACUUGUGAAUGAAAAAAAGACAUGUAAAAUUGCUGAUUUUGGAAUGAGUCUUGAAAUUAAAGUUGAAGACCAACUUGAAGCAAAGGGCAGUAAGAUACCUGUUCGUUGGACGUCACCAGAAGCCAUCCAGUUUAAAAAAUUUACCACAGCUUCUGAUGUUUGGUCAUAUGGCAUUGUUUUAUGGGAGAUAAUGUCAUAUGGUGAAAGACCUUACUGGGAAUGGAGUAAUUUGGAGGUGCUUAAUAAAGUGAAUUCUGGAUACAGACUGCCUCCUCCAAUGGGUUGCCCACGUGUGGUUCAUGAUCUUAUGUUAAACUGUUGGGAAAAAGAGAGGUCAAAACGACCAUUGUUUAGUGUCAUUAGAGAUCGGAUUGAUGACUGGUUACAGAUUCCAGAACUGCUUGAUGAACUUGGACCAGUUGUAAAACUAGACGAUGCACUUGAUUAUACUAUCAUGCAGACAAUUAACAAAUGGCUAGAGGCGAUAGAUAUGGGAAGAUAUGCUAAUAACUUUUUAGAACAAGGAUUCGCCACACCACGACAAAUAUUACUAUUGACAAUGGAUGAUCUUGAAGCAUUAGGAAUUGGAUCGUUAGAACACAGAAGAAGAAUAUUCAAAGCUAUUGCCAAUACGAAAUCGCAGGUUGAAUCCAAUUUGGUCCGUAUGAACAGUAAAACAGGCACGUUUAAGUCGCAGGAUUCGUCAAAAUGA